AUGUCUCCUUUGACCUUCCCUACCCAGACGGUCGACAUCGUCGAUAUCCGUCAGAAUGACGUGGGUUUCUCCCUAGUCAAUGAUAUCCACAAGGGCCUCGACCCCACCGUGGGUUCCAGACGGUCCAUGCCGACAAUGCUCCUCUACGACUCCAAGGGUCUCAAUCUCUUCGAGGAAAUCACCUAUCUGGACGAGUAUUAUCCGACAAACGCGGAAAUCGAGGUGUUGGAAGCCCAUGCCAAGAGCAUCGUCGAGCGGAUCCCGAACAAUGGACAGCUGCUGGAGCUGGGGAGUGGAAACCUUCGAAAGAUUGAGAUUCUUCUCCGCGAGUUUGAGCGCCAGGGGAAACACGUAGACUACUACGCUUUAGAUCUGUCCCUCUCUGAACUGCAACGCACAUUUUCCGAGGUGUCCGUUGAAGACUACACCCACGUGGGCUUCCAUGGCCUCCACGGGACGUAUGAUGAUGCCGUUACCUGGCUGAACAGGCCGGAGAACAGGAAGCGUCCCACGACCAUCUUAUCUAUGGGUUCGUCCAUGGGCAACUUCAACCGCCCGGAAGCUGCGCAAUUCCUCUCGCAAUUUGCAAAGAUUCUGGGCCCGUCGGAUGCGAUGUUGAUCGGUCUGGACGGCUGUAAGAAUCCGGUCAAAGUUUUCAAAGCCUACAAUGAUUCCCAGGGCAUCACGCAGCAGUUUUACGAAAAUGGUUUAAUCCAUGCUAACCGGGUUUUGGGACAUGAGGCUUUUAAGCUGGACGAAUGGGAGAUAGUGACUGGCUACAAUGCCGUCGAGGGGCACCACGAGGCGUUCUAUUCGCCUAAGAAGGAUGUGACUAUCGACGGAAUUCUCGUUCCCAAGGGCGAGAAGCUCAUUUUUGAAGAGGCCUUCAAGUAUGGUCCUGAAGAGCGGGAGCAGCUCUGGAGAGACGCGAACCUGAUCCAUGGCGCCGAGUUUGGCAAUAGCUCUGAUGACUACCACCUUCAUUAUCUGUCGUCUUCUACUCUCAGCUUCCCUACUUCCCCUUCGCAGUAUGCGGCCCGUCCAGUUCCUACUCUUCAAGAUUUUCAGUCACUUUGGACUGCAUGGGAUAUUGCCACGAAGUCAAUGGUCCCCCGUGAGGAGCUUCUUUCUAAACCGAUCAAACUGCGCAAUGCACUUAUCUUUUAUCUGGGUCACAUUCCUACAUUUUCGGAUAUCCAUUUGACGCGAGCUCUAGGGGGAAAUGCGACCGAACCCAAGUCCUACCAACUUAUCUUCGAGCGUGGGAUAGACCCAGAUGUGGACGACCCCGACAAGUGCCACUCACAUAGUGAAAUCCCGGACGAAUGGCCAGCCCUUAAUGACAUACUCGACUAUCAAGUAAGGGUGCGCAACAGGGUCGAAUCAAUUCUCCAGAGGGAUGACCUCGACAGCAACCGGACUCUAGCCGAAGCGCUCUGGAUCGGGUUCGAGCAUGAAGCGAUGCACCUGGAGACUUUCCUCUACAUGCUACUCCAAAGCGACAAGACGCUUCCACCGACCGGUGUUGAAAGACCAGAUUUCGAAAGAUUAUUCCGCGAUGCGAGGAAACACGCGAAGCCCAAUGAGUGGUUUACUAUUCCCGAGAAAACGCUGUCUAUCGGCCUUGAAGACGCAGGCCCCACGUCGGUGCCCUCGGCUACGUUUGGAUGGGACAACGAGAAACCCGAACGAAUCGUGACUGUUCCGCCAUUUGAAGCACAGGCUCGACCUGUUACCAAUGGCGAAUAUGCCAAGUUCCUACAGAAGAAGCAUAUGCGCCAAGGCCCAGCGUCGUGGGUUCUGAUCCAUUCCAACGAAGACUUCUCGAUCUCUGGGGUCAAUCAGGACAGCCCGGAAGCCACAAAGGAUUCCAUGUCCAAUUUCGCCGUGAGAACGGUCUUUGGGCUGGUCCCGCUUGAGUUUGCUCAAGACUGGCCGGUCAUGGCAUCCUACGACGAGUUGGCUGAAUACGCAGAGUGGGCGAGAUGCCGAAUCCCCACGUUUGAAGAGGUCAAAAGUAUCUAUGCUCAUUCUGAGAAACUAAGAGCAUCUGACAACUGGGUACCCAAUGGCGAUGCUGAGCCCGAAUAUGUCAACGGAGAUGGACCGGGCAAGAAAGAGGUCAACCGGACUCGGCCUCGUACUCCGGAUCACCAGCCUGUGCGGCCGCCUUCCCGAGGCUCCUUGCCAGUGUUCGUGAACCUCUACGACUGCAACGUCGGGUUCAAACACUGGCACCCAACCCCAGUGAUCCAGAACGGCAAUCGACUUGCCGGUCAGGGUCAACUGGGAGGCGUGUGGGAAUGGUGCAGUACAGCACUAGCCCCGCACGAUGGAUUCAAGGCUAUGGACAUCUAUCCCGGAUAUACUGCGGAUUUCUUUGACGGCAAGCACCACGUCGUGCUCGGGGGCUCUUGGGCCACUCAUCCUCGCAUUGCCGGACGAACCACAGUUGUCAAUUGGUAUCAGCACAACUACCUCUACCCGUGGGCAGGAGCGCGUCUUGUGCGUGAUUUGUAG